CCCGGGCUCCGCCUGUGCGCGGCCUCCUCGGCGCAGCCAUCCUCGCGGCUGCCGAGGGCGGCAAAGCCCACGGCAUCUGCCAUUUGUCAUUCAGCCCGUCGGUACCGCCCCGAGCCUUGAUUUAGACACGUCUGGGGCGUAUUCUGGCCUCACUCUCCUGGCGGGCGGACGGACCAGCGGACGGGGCGGCUCUCCUCCCAGCCCGGCGGACCGCGGGCCUUGGCGCGCGGGGUGCUUCCCCGGGUCGCCGUCAUGGCCGCGGAGGCGGCGCGCCCGAGCUGCCGCGCCUGAGUUCCGGGGGGCUCUCGACCCUGCAGGGUUGUUCCUGCCUCAUUGAUAAGUCAUCAUUGGCUUUGCUUGCUCUCACGUCUGAUGUGGCCUCUGUUUCAUGUCACAUCUAAAACUUCUCUGUACCUCAGACUUAAAAAGGAACACACCCUAGUGUUUGGUGGAGUGUGCUGCUGACACAGUAGAAUAAGAAGAGGAGCACAACACAUUAUUGUACCACUUUUAGGUAUUUGCAUAGGAAUCAGAGGAGUUAAUCUUGUGAGUAAACUCUCAACAUCUGCACGAGUUUCCUUCCUUCCUUCUUUCUCUAUCCGCCCCAGGAUUCUAAAGCACAGGACUGCCCCCAGGUCACCAGCGCCUUUGCAGAGACCACAGUCCUUUCUGCAACAGGGGGUGGCCUUUUUUUGAAAAACAGUCUGGCUCCAGUUUUAGCAGUUGGGGCUAGCCGAUAGCGCAGAUACACAUGAGUCUAAGAUUCUUGGCGCCUUACGCAGGCACCCCACGAGUCUGAAUCGCCCUGCAUAGCUUCAAGCAUGCAGGAAGUCUUCCUUUUUUAAAUUCCCUGUAACUAACUCAGACUCCAGCCCCCAUUCGGCUAACCUACGGGGAAAUUUCAUCUCCGUCAUUUUUAGGUGUCUCUCCUUCCCCCAUGGGGUGUGUCCUAGAACCCAGAGAUUACCACGGCACCCGGUAGGUGAGGGGCUGGCCUCUGACCUUUUGUGUAGCAUAGCAGUGGUCUCUGCAGCUCUCUGCCUCAGAACUGGGGGCAGAGGCUGGAAACCUUGCCCCCGGUCUGGUCUCUCGAAGCGCAUCCCACACUCCCUGAGGGCUCUGCUCACCGCCCUGGGGAGCAGAGCUGUGCAAGCAACCCCUGGCUGGUGCCGUCAGAUCUCGUCCUCUUUCACAGGCCCUGGAUUGGGGGUUGGUGGUGGAGGGAGAGGGUCUUUUCUCAGCCUCCUCUGUGCCCUCUGCUUCUCCAGUCUCAGGAGUUGGGCAGAAUCUCCUCAUUGGGUUUAGACGUUAACAAAAACAGACUGCCUCUGCCGUCAUCGGGGCUAAAAACAAGGAAUUCCAAAGCCUGCCACCUGUUUUAAACGAGCUAGAAAGAAAAGCUGUUGGGAGGACAAACAAAGCAAAAUUCCAGAGUUGUCUUGCCAUGCUGAUCUGGAGGCUGUAAUGAAGGCAAAACAUCGCCCAAACAGUCUACCUAUGGAAAUUAAGAAAGGAAGCAGAUUUGAGAGACAGUAGUCAGUGAGAAAAAUCAAGCACGACUCCAGAGUUUCUGGCUUCGGAGAGGCCGGGAAGCGACACAGUAAGGAGGCUGACCUGUUGAUCACGUGGAUGCUCACGCCACGUGCUCUGGAUGCAGGUCUCCGCUCCGCUGCCAGCUGGCCAUGUGAGCACAGGCAAAUGAGUGCAACUUCUAAGCCUCGGUUUCCCCAUAAGUCAAAUGGGGCUGAUACCGAAUGCUUAUAUGGUUGUGAGCAUGUUAUGUGAUUAAAAUGGCCAUGACCUUCUGGGCAUCCACUAAAUGUUACUACAUAGUGAUGCCUGUAGCUAAAACCUGUAAUCCUAGAGGCAGAGCCCCUGUUUCAGGGCAGGUGACCCUCAGAGCUGUGAGACAUCCAGGCUGAGAGGUCGUAGAUGCAUUCAUCUGGAAUUGGAAAGCAAGGUCAGGAUUGAGGACAGAUUGGGGAGACCUCUGCCUUCAAGGAGGAGUUGAAACCUUGGGGUAUGAAUGCGGUGGCCCAGGGUGCAGGGAGGUAGAGUGACAGCUGUCAGACCCACAGAUCUGUUCAAACAUGGCUCUGCUAUGUCAUCUUUAAAGUGACUUCAUUGUUUUGAGAUGAAUAUGAAUAUCCCAUUUCGGGUCUUUGCUUCAGAGGUAUAAUCUCACUGUUUGCUCAGUGAAAUAUGAGUUAGUUGUCUGUAAUCUCCCAUAAUGGGUGGGCUCUUUUCUAUCUGGACUUACAGUCUUUAGGAAACACACACACACACACACACACACACACACACACACAGAUACACACACACACCUUUUUUGAAAAGCUUUUCAAAAACAAACCUUGCACAUCUUCAAUCUAGAGGAGCCUUUUGCUGAAAGCUUAAGACAAUUCCCAGUGUUUGGGCUUUGGGCUUUCUUUUCUCAGUGUUUUCCCACUCAAAUCUUCAGAAAUAAAAAAGUCAAUCUAAAGAACUGACCUAAGAAAAACCAGGAGUAGCCAGAAGUGAGUGAGCUUUAACGGGAGGGGAUCCCUUUGUGUCCUGGGGGUCUCAGUGCAGGGCUCAGCAGGCGGAGAAGCCAGGACACUCCGAGAGAAAAGGGCACGUUCUUCAGAGCGGCUCUCUGAGGCAAACGCCUGGAAAGACCUACUGUGCCAGCAGAAGUGCAUUCUAGAAAUCAUACGCUCUACAUUCAGGAAAUUUUACUCUUUGUCAUUGAAACACCUGAGAAAGCAGAUACAAACAAGUCGUUUUCCAAACGAACAUUUUCCCUUUUAUUUAAAACAAUGAACUGUAGUCUGUUUACUGUGUUCCGAUCCCCAUUCCUAGAAAAACUUGACUUUCCUUGUCGCUCUGGAGCCCAGAAACGAGUAUGUGUAGGAGUGUGUCGUGUUACGGGGUCAUUUUCCCCAUAAACUUUAAAUAUAUAUUGAAAUACCAUAUAUUGAAAUACUAUAUAUAUCAUAUGUAUAUGAAAGAUUAAAGCCCUUUUUUCAGAUUUUGAAAUCUGAAUUCUGACCUGAAAAGCAGUCUGCAAGGAGCACCCUGUCAAACUUAGAUGUGUUAUUUUUCCUGUCUCUUCUCUGCUUUAUUAAACUGUCGUCCACCGCGCAUGAUUUGUCCCCAGGGCCACGCACGCCUUCGGGUUCUCUGUUGCAUUGUUAACUAUUUAAGCAUUUCGCUGGGGCUGAGAUGGCAGGUGGGAGAGGCAGAGGAACUUGGCCUCCUCCCCGCCAGAGUUCUCCUCUUUCACUGGUGCUGCUUACAUUGAACAGCUUAAGAAUAAGCUCCUGUGUGAGCCCUCGGAGGCCAAGGAGUAUUGUUGGAUUCAGAAAAGGAAUUGCUUUCUUUUAGUGAUCAUUUGAAUAUUUCGACAAUGAAGCUAAGCCACUCCACUGCCUGGUUUGCGUACCUCAUGUCAUGUGCACCCUCCCUCAGGAAGAAGAGAGCCCUCACCUCUCUGAACUCAUAAAUUGGUAUUGUCCGUUGGUGAGAUGAGUAGGAGCAAAGGAAGAAUCCUCCAGAAGAAUUUUCUUGCCUCACUGUUUUUUUUAAAGCUCUUUAAGCAAAAUUUAAUCCAGGUCUUUGGAGACCACCCAAUUAAAUCACCAUGAUAAAUGGUGGGUAUUUUGCGGAGAUGGUCCAUGAGAUGAUGUGUUGAAGUGUUUAUUACAUGCAAAGUGAGGAAUACAUUUAAAACCAAUUCUCUGGAUGAUUCAAAAAUCCUACUCACCUCUGGUUUUUUGCUGAAUUGUGAUGGGUUAUUUUUUUAAAUUUAGUUGUCUAAAAAUUAUCUUCAUUUUUCCAUUUUUAACUUAAAAGGAAUGUUCUUUUACAAAAUAAACGGACACAGCCUUUUUUAAAAAAUCGAAUUAAGAGAAUAGGCGACCCAGUGGCUAAAUCAUGUAGGUGGGAUAUCACUGACUUGGUUUCAGAGUAGAUUUCCCUUGGUACCAGUUAAGAAAAUCCUAAAAAGCUCUGUCUCUAUGAGAAUUGACUGAUUGGAAUAGUCCUAAACUGGAAGAAGCCAAGUUUUCUAAUUAGUUGGUGAAUAGAGUGGUUUCCGAACGCUCCCCAGAGAUCAGUGGUGCAAAGCUGGCUGUGGCCUUGGCUCUGGAGAACUCGGUGAAAAGGUCAGUUCCCAGUGCCAAGGUGACGUUGUGAUGUUCUGGGCUGCAUUGUUCGGCCUUGGAAUCUGUAUUUUUAAAAGAUUUCUCUGGCAAUUCUAGCGCAUAGCCAAGUUUGGUAACCACUGGAUUGUGUAUUCAAUUCGGAGAGCUCAGCCUUUUCACCCUGCACAUCCGGUGAAUCUAUAUGUUUAUUUGAAGCUUUUGUUGAAAAUGAAUGCCUACUGGUUAUUGCUUUUUUUUCAGCUCACAAUUUGUUUCAGGUUCUGUUAUUGCAUAGAUUUGCAUACCUGUUUUAUGGUAUUCUAAUACUGUUGCUUUAAAAAAAAUACCAUUUCCUCUGUGUGCUCUGUGCUCUUUUGAAUAUUUUAUGUAAACAAUUUCAUGGUUUUCUUUUUUCCCCCUACUUGCAGAAAGUAGGGGAAAACUCCAGGGUUUUUCUAAUCCAAUUGUAAUAUAAAUGCUUAAAGGUCUUCUUGGUCAAGAGGAUAUAAGAUUGAAAGUCCUAUAAGUUACAGCAUUUGAACUCCAUCAUACCUUUAAAAUAGAUCAGAUGAGCUAAAUGUUUAAGACUUUGGCCAUAUGGUAGAUCUGAGACAUUUAAGAAUUAAUGGUUGUGUGCCUGGUGAGGCAUCCUGCUCCAGGAUCUUAAUGUUUAAAAUUGAUCUGUCAAUGAAAAUGCAUGAAAGAGCAGUCAAAAAUCUCUAUCGAUUGUCAGUUGCGUGUGUGUGCUCUUGAAGUCAGGCUCAAGCUGCAACAUGAUGAGGGGAAUGUUUUCCUAGCUUCACUCACUGAAGAUGUGCAAGAUCUCUUGUUACAGGUUUGAAUCGUCAGACUUCUGAGGGGAUUCCAUGACCACCCGGAAGCUGGUGUUUCCUGUCACCGAGUAGACGGCCCGGCGAUCCCGAGCGUGCCCGGCUCCGUGAUGCUCCCGGAACCUCACCGUGCCUCCGACGUUCUCCCAGCCUGAGACUGCGCCUCUAAGUUGGGAUGUGGGAGAGCAGGAAGCAGAGCUCAUGGUAACUGAGAGGCCCAUGUCUGGGUAGACGCUGGGACGCUGGGACCACGCCGCUGCCUCUCCCCUGGUCUGGAGUUCAGGCUGCCGUGGCUCUGCUCACGACCGUCCUUCCAUUUGUGCUUAAAUGGCCCAGCAUUUGGUCCGCGCAUCUGAAAAGGAACGUGUGAGAAGUAAAGCCCAUGGCCACCUAUCCCUGCCAAUUAUGUGGCAAGACGUUCCUCACCCUGGAGAAGUUCACUAUCCACAAUUAUUCCCACUCCAGGGAGCGACCUUACAAGUGCUUGCAGCCAGACUGUGGCAAAGCCUUCAUUUCCAGAUAUAAAUUAAUGAGGCACAUGGCUACCCAUUCGCCCCAGAAAUCUCACCAGUGUGCUCACUGUGAGAAGACGUUCAACCGGAAAGACCACCUGAAAAACCACCUCCAGACGCAUGACCCCAACAAAAUGGCCUUCGGGUGUGAGGAGUGUGGGAAGAAGUACAACACCAUGCUGGGCUACAAGAGGCACCUGGCCCUCCACGCGGCCAGCAGCGGCGACCUCACCUGCGGGGUCUGCGCCCUGGAGCUAGGGAGCACCGAGGUGCUGCUGGACCACCUCAAGGCCCACGCCGAGGAGAAGCCGCCCAGCGGCACCAAGGAGAAGAAGCACCAGUGUGACCACUGCGAGAGAUGCUUCUACACCCGGAAGGACGUGCGGCGCCACCUGGUGGUCCACACAGGCUGCAAGGACUUCCUGUGCCAGUUUUGUGCCCAGAGGUUCGGGCGCAAAGACCACCUCACACGACAUACCAAGAAGACGCACUCACAGGAGCUGAUGAAAGAGAGUCUGCAGGCCGGAGACCUUCUGAGCACCUUCCACUCCAUCUCUCCCCAGUUUCAGCUGAAGGCCGCCCCGCUGUCCCCCUUCCCCCUGGGAGCCCCCGUGCAGAACGGGCUCGCCGGCGGCCUCCCGGCCGAGGUGCACGGCCACGCCCACACCCCCUCGGAUCAGACCCCCCAGCCUGUGCCAGCAAUGCCGGAGCCCCUAGCCCCCCUGCACCCCGUCACCUCUCCCAGCUCUCCCCCCGCCCCCCUGCAGAAUCAUAAGUACAACACCAGUUCUACCUCAUACUCCCCACUGGCAAGCCUGCCCCUCAAAGCAGAUACUAAAGGAUUCUGCAACAUCAGUUUGCUGGAGGACUUGCCCCUGCAAGAGCCUCAGUCACCUCACAAGCUCAGCCCGGGCUUCGAUAUGGCCAAGGGAGGCGUGGGCAAAGUCAGCCUGCCCAAGGAGCUCCCUGCAGACGCUGUGAACCUCACGAUACCUGCCUCUUUGGACAUCUCCCCCCUGUUGGGCUUCUGGCAGCUGCCCCCGCCUGCUACCCAAAAUGCCUUUGGGAAUAGCGCACUGGCCCUGGGGCCUGGGGAGUCUCUGCCCCACCGGUUAGGCUGCCUGGGGCAGCAGCAACAAGACCCCUCACUAGCCAUGAGCACUAUGAGCCUGGGCCAGCUCCCCCUGCCCCCCAUCCCCCACGUUUUCCCAGCUGGCACCGGCUCAGCUAUCCUGCCUCAUUUCCACCACGCGUUCAGAUGACUGCUUUUUAAGGCAAACUUUUCUUCUGCUCGAAGAUGUUUUACGGAGCAUUUUAAACAUCAGUUAUGAUACGAGGAAAGAUUUGGAAAGCAGGACUGGAAAUACGGCGAAUUCAGUGAUGACUGGCUUGAGAUAGAGAGUUCUCGAACUGCAUGUAUUGUGCCAAUUGUCCUGAGUGUUCAUGCUUUGUACCAAAUUUAAUGAGCAAGUAUUCUUUCAUGAAACUGCAACUAUUGUCAUAACCGACAUCCAAACGAGGGCUGCUAUAUAUAGGUGUUCGUCAAAUUGAACUUAAUCGUAAGCCAUGAUCAUCAUAAUGUUAACUAAUUUUAUGUGGCACUGCCUAGUAAGGGAACUAUGGGAAGGUUUGGAUUUCUCCAACAUGGGAGAAUUUUUAAAAUAUAAAAAUAACCUUUAUAUUGCAUAUUAUAACUAGGCUGUGUAUUUCUUUUCAGGGAUUUUUCUACCUUCAGGGUUGGAUGUAGUUUAGUUACUAUUGCCAUAGCCAACCUGUAGUUCUACAGAAACAAUUUCUUGUGGAAUAACAGACGUCUCCAUUUAAAAAAAAAACAUUUUAAAUGUAGUUUGAAUAUUUUCCACAAGAUGCUACAAUGUGAGUUAUCACUUCAUUACUCUUAAAAGACUAAAUAAACUGGUUGUCAGUUAUAUCUGACAGAAAAAAAAUCACUGUGUAACCAGGUUAAGUGGUAAAAUAAUCCAGGCGUCAGUCAAAAAAAAGCAUUUUGCUGACUUUAAUAUUGAUUAUAUUUUUAACAGGAAUUUAAGAAAAUAUUACUGGAAUUUUAAAAUAUAUAUAUAUAUUAAACAAGAAUUUUCUUUGCUCUGGCUUAAAAUACUACUCUGCUUAAGUAUUAUUUUUAAUCACCAGUAAAUGCAUUUAAAUUCAUCAUUUACAUCAAUAUUAGUUUUAUUCAAAAGGAUAACAUUUGCAAUGUAACUAUAAUCUAUGUCUUGAAUUUGGUAUCUAAUGAGUUUAAGAAUAUAAAACCUAACCUUUUUUUAAAGCUCAUUUGUCUUUUGUGUUUAGAGGCUUUCUAUAUGAAGAUAUAUCUUACAUAUAAUAAACUCUACAAAUCCUGCAUA